AUGCCGCUGCGAGACGUGCUCAAGAAGCGCUCCAAUAUUCAGGGUGAUGCGACAAGUACACGUAGUACGAGCUCCAACUCUUUGCCAAACCUUCCCAAUCCCCUACCGGAAUUCACUUUCAUGCGUACCACGACACACGAACAAGAAGUCAUUAUACCUCCUUCGUAUCCUGGCGACGAAGUUCCAACAGCCCCCGAACAAGUCCCCGCCGAGAAGAAGCGCCGCAACAUCUUUCGCAAGAGCAGCUCCAACUUUAAUGAGCGCAAGCUCUCGGAGAGACUGCACUUUGGCAGGUCAAGAGGCCUCUCCAAGAGUGAGAGCACACCCCUGGAUCCCCCAGACGCUAAAGGCAGAGUCAAAGAGACAGAAACCAAAGAGAACAAGAUGCAGCGUGAAGCACAAUGGGAGAAACGAGCUACCAUGAUGGCCCUCAAGAAUCCUAUACUGGACGGCGAGAGAUCAGAGUCGGGCGAGAAGAAAGCCCACCGACGGAGUACCUCGCUCGAGGAAGGUGAAGCCGACAUACAAGAAGCCAUUCGCUUGCACGAGGAAGGCGAUCUAGAGCAUUCCACGCAGAUCUUUGGAAAACUGGCAGAUCCCAAUGGCGCGAACAAUCCACUCUGCCAGGUUCUCUACGGACUUGCUCUGCGGCACGGCUGGGGCAUCACUCCAUCUGCAGAUGCUGCAAUACAUUACCUGAGUCUGGCCGCGUCAAACAGCGCUGCCAUCGAAUCUGCCGCCUUGUCCUCGGGCUCGAAAGCAGGCGGCGAAGCAAAAGGCGAACUGGUCCUCGCUAUCUUCGAAUUGGCCAACUGCUUCCGCUAUGGAUGGGGUAUCAAAGUCGACAAGGUAGCUGCGAGGAAUUACUACGAGGUUGCUGCCAACCUCGGUGAUCCUGACGCGUUGGAAGAAGCAGCCUGGUGCCACAUCGAAGGCUUUGGCGGGCCCAAAGACAAGUUCAAAGCAGCGCAGUAUCUGCGAUUGGCUGAAGGCGCUGGCCGCAAAAGUGUCGGAAACAGCUGGAUCUGGAAAGACAAGUAUAACUCACCAACGAAGUGA